AUGGCGUUGCCCGUAAAAUUGCUUUCAGUACGUCGGACUACGGAAGCAUCAACUCAGAACGAGUUCAUUUGGGCAUGUGAGACAAAUGGCGAGUGGACACCUCUACCUGAUGCCAUAUCAGUAGACAUCGAAAAAGCCUUUCGACGUAACUUCGAAGAGAUAACUAUUGAUGAACUGUAUCGAAUUGAUGUUAAGUACUUCUUAAUAGAGCAGGUUAACGAGUUAAACCGUAAACAACGAAUCCGACGACAACGACGUUAUCUGAAAUCAUCAGUUUCUCGUGUCGAAACGAUCGAAGCUGAAGCUCGACGUUGUGAACGAUUCUCGUGUUCUUUAGUGCUAGUUUCACGCUGUAGUGCGAGUGUGGAUACAAAUUAUUAUGGUUCACCAUUUAUUGCUGAAUGGUACUUGACAUUCACCGAGGGGAAACGGGAUGUUACAUUCGAUUCUAUUUUUCCUGUUCUUCUGCAGGGCUUGCGUGAAGAAGGAAAAUCAGAAUCAGAACGUGUAGUACAAGAUAUCGUGGAUACUUUGAACGAGGCCAGAAAGAAAAGUCUCAAGAUAAAAGAGAAGAAGAGAAUGGAAGUGCUGGAAGAUUAUUGUGCUAAACUUUAUACAAAAGCAUGUUUUGUCUUUCGCACGGUUAACGACGCAUUGCGCGAUAAUGAUCGUACUAAACUGAAAACUCUUGGACCGUACUGCUUUCUUCUUUACAACUACGUCGGUCGACAUAUGAACGAUGAUUUUCCGAUUCGUCAUCGUUUUCAACCAACUCUUCGUCUGACCCGAUCUCAAUCAAUGACUGUGUAUCGGGGCGAUUAUAUGUCUCACGAACUUUUAGAAGAAUAUCAACAGGCAUUGCAAUCGUACGUUGCACAAAAUAAUGUUUCAGUAAAACGCACAGAAGAAACUACAAUCGAGAAGAAGAUCACAUACCGAUGUUCGAAAUGUAGAAAACAUCCUCAAUGUGAUUUUCAAAUCAAAGUUAUUUUCAAUGAUAAUGUUGAAAUAAUUGUUCCAACAUCCAAUAAACAUAAUCAUGAUCAUCGUGCAACAACAACACGAGUUCCAUUGCCAGUUAGAGAUAUUGUUCGACAUGCUGCUAUAGUCGAUCUUUCUCAAUGUCAAACACGUCGAACAAUUCAAAACCAAUACGAAGGGACUGUUUCACGUUUACAAAUAACAUGUUUAUUAAAUUAUCACCGAUCAAUUCCUGAUGUGUAUUCAGUGGACGAUUUUCGGUCAUGUUGCUAUGAACGUUCAAGAUUAUAUUCAGAUAUAAUAUUAGCACAUAAACCGUUCGUUGCAAAAUAUUACAUUAAUUCAUGUGAUGAUUUAUUUGUAUUUAUAACAACACGUAAAUUAAUUUCAACUGCUCCAUUAUAG